CAGCGCGGCCACCUGAAAACAAAGGGGGUUGUUCAUAUUCCAUGUGUGUAAAUAAUCAGUCCGCGUGUGCAACCCGGAGACUAAAUCACUGACGAAUUUUCAAUAAUCGGGUUUUUCCCGUGACGUGAGAAAAAAAAAGCGGGGCAAAAAAAAAAAAAAGAGAGAAGCAGGGAAAGGGUAUCCCGAAAACCCUGCUCCCUGUGAAUUCUUACCUGACUGACGGGACAGGGCAAUAAAAGUUUUCGAAGAGAGACAGACAGAGACAGAGGGAAAAGGAAAAAAAGGGAGCAGACUACUAGUGAGAGAUUUGGUGAAUGGUUGAAUGGGAUUUGACACUUUAUCAUCAGUCUAGAAUUUUAAUGUGCUUUUUUUCUGGCUAUUGGUGAGGGAUUGAUUGAGAGGUGUUUUUUUUUUUUUAUUUACUCUCGGUGUUGUACUCUCGAUUGGGUUAAGUCAGUGGUGUUUUUGGAAUAACUGACUGGAGAGGUGACACCAGGGGAUUACAUUUAAAGUGAGUGUGUGAUGCUGCUCUGGACAGUGCUGUCAGAGGAGAAGGAGGCGCAGUAUCGCGCAUCUCCUUACGUCCCGCGUGUGAGACGUCUAUCGCGCUGUCUUGUCAGUGACUAGUUGAAUCUACUUCGAGUAACUCGCUCGAAAUACAUGUCACCUAUUGCUUGGAAACAAUCCAACCGACUCCAUCGUUAUUAAUGUUUAAUAAAAGUGUUACAAAAGUAGAAAACUCUUUGAGAUUGCCAAGUGGAUUUGUCCUGAACAAUAAUAUUAAAUUAAUCAAAGUGCUGAGACUCCAUGCUAAAGUGUUCUCUGUUUUAUCUUUUCUGUUCCAACCCACAAUCAUCAAUCGGAUUGCUCACCUGGACUACAACUGAUCCUGAAUAAAAAAAAAAAAAACUCAUCGCUGUGGGAAAAAAAAAUCAUCGCACGUGGAAAUUUUGUCACCACCUCGUACCAUCGGUUUACGGUAUUACCCACGCGUUUGUACACUGGGGCUUCGGCCACCCCAUCAUUGCCUCCUCUCCCUUUCCAUCUGGUCUCACUUGUCUCUCCCCUCUCUACAAAACCAAUCUACCCCCUCUUGCCUUUCCUCCUUCCCUUCCACUCCAUUCCAUUCCUUACCCUCUCCACCCUACCUGUCUGUCGUGGCGCUAUCGCGCGCGGGUGCGCGCACACAUACUCCCAUACAUUCCGCAUUGCCUCACACACCAAUACAUCCAACACCAUCAUAUUGGUUCACGGGCACAACCCGGGGACAUCCCCUACCCUUCAAAUUCACUCAUCUCUGUGUACAUGCGGACGCGAUGACGAAACAUUUGCCUCAUAAAUUUUAUUGAGAAAAAACUAUUUUCAUCGGUUAAUCAAUCGCUCCUGACAUAUUCAUUCAUUUGAAAAAUUUCAAAUUAUUGCCGAAAUAAAAUAUAUAUUAUAUAUCUACAUCGAAAUUCAAUCGGGCGUUCAUUUGGUAAAAAAAAUUCUCGCGGUACAAUCAAAACCCGUGAACCAAAAAUUUUUCGAAAUUGUGCAAUCGUUAAACCGCCAUCAUCUGCACCAUCGCCGAACACGUGGCUUGUUCAACGGCGACGCUGUACGACAAUGUUCACGCCGCGCCGCUAUGCGGCACCGGCGUGGGCCAUCCUGGCUCGGUCACGCCAAUGGGUGCAGCCGCCGGCACGCCGCAUACAACCGGGGUGAACUGGUGGACCAUGAUGAACGGUGGUGCUACUUACGAGGAGAGCCCGCCGUCAGUACCCCCAACCCUCUCCCUCGUAUCAAUCCAACACCAACACCAACAGCAGACCUCCAAUCCAGGUUCUCACCAGCAGGCAACGACACCGAGUUCACCAGGUGCACCGAGUUCAGCAGCCGGGGCAUCAGCACCAGCGCAGACAGCGAGUGCAAGCUCAACAUCACCAAGUGCAUCAUCAGUGGCGAGCAACAGUGCUGCAGGUCCCCUCCACAUCCCAGCGAAGAGGCCAUCGGCAACACCAGUCGGUGGAUCAUCGUACGGCGAGGUGAGCUGUGUUGAACCAAAUGGUGGUACGUCAACAGGGGUAAUAAGACACUCACAUUCGUCCUCCGCUGGCUCACAGGGUGGCUGGAGUUACAGUCCGCACAAUCCCCAGGAGGCUCACUACUCGUCAGCAGCGACCGCUGACGCUCUCAAUCAUCAUCAGGCGUACGGGGGCACCAAUCCCCCGACUUACUACAACCUGGCGGACUCAGGGACGGGCUCCACCAGGGAUAACCGAAAGGCCGGAAGCAGCCUCAGCUUCUGGUCACCGGUAACCCCAGCCUCCGCACCAGGCUCAGGUAGCGGAGGCGCUACAACCGAGUACAAAUACAAUCCAGCGAGUGCUGGUGGCACAACCACCUCAUCAGCCUCAUCCGUUCCAACUGGUGGAACUGAUCCCGCUGUAUCCACGUGUCAUCAAAACUUUACUCAGAGUUGGUGCAAUUAUGCUUAUUCAGGGAGUCGACAUCAUCCCAUCGAUACAGCGCCACACCAUCAUCAUCCGCACUCUCAGACUGGUGUACCAUAUUUAACACCCUCGGCCGCUGAUGAUCGGGGCAGAGUCGCUGCCAUGGUCGCCGCUGAAUCCACAUUUCCACACGAUGGAUACAAUGGACUCAGGAACUACGCCUCCGAACCCGUCCCUUCCAGUCCAUACCCAACUCCAGUGAUGUGGGGUUCCUCCCCAUCUUCCUUGUUUCCAACAGGUCCACUGGGCGUUGGAGUGCCUGGAAUGGGUCUCGGUGGUGCGAGUAUGAGUGUUGGAUGUACAAGUGGCAAUCCCCUAGAAUGGACAGGUCAAGUAACAGUACGAAAAAAGCGUAAACCUUAUUCAAAAUUCCAAACCCUGGAAUUGGAGAAGGAAUUUCUCUUCAAUGCGUACGUAUCGAAGCAAAAGCGUUGGGAAUUGGCGCGCAAUUUGAACCUAACGGAGCGCCAAGUGAAGAUAUGGUUUCAAAAUAGAAGAAUGAAGAAUAAGAAAAAUAGUCAACGUCAAUCCCAACAACAGACUAACAAUAAUAAUAAUAACAGUAGUGCAAAUAAUGCUAAUCAUCAUGGUGGUACGGGUGGAAGUCAUCAUCAUCCUGGUGGCCACGGUGGUACGAGUCAUCACGUGGCAGUCGGUCAGGCACACCACGCCAAUGGCUCAGCCAAGCAUCAUCAGUGACCCGUAGCCUUCUCUGGGGUUGUCUUCCAUCAUCCUCACAAUGCAACCACUCCAAUUCACAGUGCUACCAGCCAGGGUAUAAGUCACACUAUUCACGGUACAUCCCAACAACUAGCAACAUCACUUCCUCAUACCAUUGGCACUGCUCAUCAUUCGCACCAGUCUAGCCAUCAGUUGGCCCACAUGAGUGCUCAACAGCACACUGCGUUGCUCCAUCAAACAAGCCACGGUCUCGCUGCCUGAAUCAUCAUGCCUGAUUCUUCCCAACACUCCGACCACACGUCACACUUACCACUCACCACUCACCACUGACCCCUCACCCCUGACCCCUCACGAGGAUGAUACACCACAUCACCCAGAGACAUUUAUUAUUAAGACUACAUCAUUAUAAUAAUGGCUAAAUACAAAAAGAAGAUUUAAAAAAAAAAGCACAAGAAAACUCAAAAAAAGAGCAACACGUACAUAUUGGAGGUAUAUGUAUAUGUAUUUAUAUAUAUUAUAAUUCUCAAGUUUGGAAGAUUGCACCUUCGUGAUCCUGGGGAGAUGGAGAAAAGUUGGGUAAUGAUUUAUAGACAAUUUUAAUCGAAUGCUCUACACUCAGUGUUUUGUCGUGAGGAUGGAUGAAUGAUGAUUGUUUGAAAAUUCGGAUAUUUGAAUGAUGUUUAAUGAUUUUUCAUGUGUGCUACCUACAAAAACGUCCAACCCGUAACGCGAUAGUAUUACUCCAAUUAUAAAUAGUUGAACGGAGUAGAGUAUAAUUAAAUUAAUGUUAAAUUAGUAUUUCUUCGAUCUGGUGGAUCAGUGAAAUUCAACUCAAUUCAAAUUGCAAUUUAUCUAAUGUGCAUUUUCGAUAUGGAAUUUUGUUUUUUUUUUUUGUUCUUUCGAUUCUUACGAGUGGUUUUCACGUAUUAGAAUUGCUGUAGUGCGGUGAGAGCAACCUGAUAACCCUAGAUAACGGCGAGAGCGUCGAUUUGAUUUUUUAGAUUAAAUUAAAUUGCGCUCGAGGUAAAUUCAUUUGUUGAUUUUUUUUUUUUUUAAUUGCCCGCCGGUAAAUGCGUACUCAGGCCUAUCCAAAAUUAAUCAUCAUCUGUUUGAUGCCAGUUGGACCGUUGAUGAUGUAUGUAAAAAGAUUAUUAGGCUAAGAAGAGACUUCAACUUUCAAAUGUCCAAGAAUCAAGCAAAAGUGAUUGAUUUUAUUUCAAAAUUUGGUGGAGUGCGAACGGGUCAUUGAAUUUAAUAUUGUACUUAAAGUAAAUUAAGAAGAUGGACCCAUGAAUUAUUGGUACACACGAUUUCGAGCGUCUUUUCACGAGCCAAUUACUAGGGGUAAGUCAAUCUAAACAAAUUAAAACGAGAAAUUAUUGUUUUUUGUUGGCUUCGAUGGAUCUCUCGACUAGUAAAUUCUUUUCACAUUGUUUCGUAUGUUUUCAAUUAUAUUCUAUCUAAGAUAAUUAAGUUCAACUCUCGUUUCUAUUGCAAACCUAAUUAGUCAAUCAUCCGAGUGAAAAACAUUUUUUUUUUGGUUAUUGAUGUAAUUAAUGAAAAAUGUUGACUAAAUUCUGCCAAAGCAGUUGUUAGAUAACUGAAUAAUAAUUCGAGGCUCGAAAGUUUUUCUGUACAUGUACGAGUGUAGAGUGCAUUGUGCUUCAAAGAGAAAAUAAAAACUCCCGACAAAUCGGUGAAACUCUUUUACAAAGGUGCACUGAAAAAAAAAAAAUUAUUAAAAAAGCAAAUGAAUUAAAAUGAAGGAAAUAAAUUAGAUAAAAAUCAAAGUAAUGGACAUAGAAAUUCCGAGUGAAUGGAUUGAUGGUGAAUAAAAGAGAUGGUAGAUUCAGUCGCGAGCCAGUCAUCGCUAAAUAUACAGUGCUUUUCAGCAGAUUAAAAGAAUUAAGAUUUAAACGAAAAAAAAAAAAAUCUACAACUGUAAUUAGUGAUAAUUAUUAUGUCAAGGACAAUGUUUAACAAGAUUUUAAGGUUAUUAAGAAUUAUUAUUAUGAUUAUUAAUUAUUAUUGUGAGCGUCACGUUAAUAUUAUGUUAUUGUUUUUAUUGUGUGUUGUUUUUGUAUGUACCUAUUCAGCCUACAAUUUAAUAUUAUCAAAUAUUAUCAAUGAUAAUGAAAGAAAAACUGAGAGAAAACAAAAGUUAUAAAGAAAACAAAACAAUGAAAUUUCACUCAUAAAGGAGACUAAAAAAAAAAGCCAUGUUAUUAAAUGUGUAUAUUGUCUUGAUCCGCAGAUAACUGUUCUACUGUAGACUAAACCUCAUCAUUUCCUCUCCCCAAAUUGAUCUCCCACAAAAUUGAUAUUUCUCCGUUAAUCGAUCAACGAAAGCCUCUAAUAACGAAUUUAUUCGAGAGUAAAUCUGGGUAACUAUAACUGAAACUAAACUACUUCUUAGAAAACGAAAGGACUAUAGUAAGUUUAAAGUAGAGGAUAGAAAAGAAAAAAAAAUGAAUCGCGAAAGGGAGUUUCUCAAGAUUUCAUCGUACCGAGUCAUUUCUGCAAUCAAUGGUAUGGAAACCAAUAUUUUCCUCAACUAGAAUUCUAACGCGUACGAUUCAACAUUUUAGGAUAAGUAAAUGCUACUUGUAAAUAAAAAUUGUGAGGAAUAAUGACUAUUAAUUAACGAGACGAUAUUACUCCUGUAUCGAAGUGCAAUAACGAAAUGUUUAAUGAGUGCCAAAGUACAGAAAGCAAGUGAGGAAGCUCGAGCUCUCAAGAAUCAUUACACGUGGCUGGAAGCUUCAAUUAUUCACGGAUAUUUUCAGGUUCAUAAAUCUGUUUGAGGAAAUAACACUCGACUCGUGGAUAGCCUAUUACUCAAUUCAAGUCGGAUAUAUUCUCAGUUGACAGUAGAAUCCAGAGAAUAAUUGCCGUUUGUCUCUCUCACUAUCAGUUAUUUCUUGUGUAAAUAAUGGAAUUAGUCCGACGUCGAUGCACGUUCGUAUAGCCUCACCACUUCAAUCGAUCCUCUCUGCUCUCAUCUUUCACCCAGAGAGGAGAAUCAAACCCCAACUAUUAUUUUUUUCUACAUCGACAAUUAAGCAUUCAACUCCCAUUAAUCCAUUAAAAGAAGAAGAAGAA